GCGCGCUCGAGUAGCACACAGGCGCGAGAUAAAGAUGGCGGCGACGGUGAGGGAAACAGCGUGAUAUGCUGGAGUAGUAGCACUAAACCAGAGUAAAACCACUGUAUGACAGACCAUAGCGAAAUGGAAACCAUGUCACAGUAGGCGUUUACUGGUAACAUCAAUACCAAGUACUACAAACUCACCUCCCCCCCCAGACAACAUUCAUCUUGUGUUUGUGGAGAAAUCUCACCGGGAGCAUGGCUUCGCAGAGCAGCCAGUACAUCUUUGGGGAGUUCAGCCCAGAUGAGUUCAAUCAGUUCUUUGUGACUCCCCGCUCUUACGUUGAGCUUCCCCCCUUCAAUGAUAAAGUCUCCUGCGUCAGCCACUCCUCAGGAGGUUACUGCACUCCUGCUGUGCCUUACAUAACGGAAUCAUUGAGACGGCAGGUUUGCGGAGAGGACUACCAGCAUAUCGAGUUUGGCGUGGAUGAGGUAAUGAAUGCAGAGUCUGUGGCAGUGAAAGACUCACUGUACAAAGUCUCCAGCACUCUUAAUCCUCAGGCCCCUGAGUUCAUCUUAGGCUGCCAACCAUCUCAGACGGCCCUUCCCACAGCCACACCAGUCGCUGAUAUCCCAGAUGAUGCUGACUUCAACUCCCUAUGCUGCAGCAACUCUGAGACUGAGACUUCAGUCCUGGGAAGCCACCAGGCCUGCUCAGACAUGGAUGGGGUUUCGGGCGGCUUAGGACAACGAAAGAAAAAGAAAAAACGACCACCGGGAUACUACAAUUAUCUGGAGGGUUCCAACAGCAACAGCACCGGUGUAGCUACAGAUGGAGUUGGGGCCUCGGGCCUGGUUAACGGACAUUCUUCAAAUGCUCCUCAAAUGCUCAUGGUUUCAGAGGACAUGGUAGGGGACGUGUUAUCUGGGGCUGAGCUCAUCCCCCCAAAUGCAGUAUCAUCCAGCAUAUCCACACCCCAAACCGCCCCUCUUUCCCAUCAGAGGACUUUUGUAAGCCCUGACAAUUCGACAUUGGACUUGACGAGCGGAGCUGCCUCUUUUUCAGACAGAAACGGAGCAGCUUCAUCUACUUCUUCUUCAUCCUCUCAGAGCAGUGGGGUGGCACAGAGUGCCAGGACUGCAGAGCAAAAUGCAGAACCCCCAGCUCUAGAGAGUCCAGUACUCCUGGGUAACAGAGGGCACAGCUCCUCUCCUCCAUCUCCUCUUCCCCCUGAUGCUGCUGUGGCCACCCUCACAACCACAAUUCCCGCUACUACUGAUGAGAGGGAGGCCGAGGGCUCGGGGGAGGUUAACGGGCUGCCAGAGACUGCCUCAGCUGCCAAAACCGCAGACGGACUCCAAGACCCGUCUGAAACGGGUGAAGUGCAGUCAGCUUCCUCUGUAAUCCCUCUUUCCUUAGACUCUGAAGUUCAGCCGCUAGUCUCGCCCAGUCCCAUUGCAGCACCUGUGGCAAACCCCCCGAAAUCCUGGGCCAGCCUCUUCCACAAGUCCAAGCCUCUGCCUGGAGGUCCUCAGGCUUACGUUGAGGUGAAGAGCGUGCCUGCUGUGGUCGCGUUCCCUCCAGCUGACUCAGAGUUGCCUGAAAAGGCCAAUGAGGUUCGCGAGGGCCCCAUCCCCGUGUCUGAAGACCCUAUGGCCCCGAAAUUGGCAGAAUUAAUCGAGAAUGUGAAGUUGAUCCACAAACCGGUGUCUUUGCAACCAAGAGGACUGAUUAACAAAGGAAACUGGUGCUAUAUCAAUGCUACCCUGCAGGCCCUGAUUGCAUGUCCCCCCAUGUAUCAUCUGAUGAAGUCUAUUCCCCUUUUCGCUGAGACUCAGAGACCCUGCACAUCCACACCCAUGAUGGAUAACUUUGUUCAGCUUGUGAAUGAGUUCAGCAAUAUGCCUGUCCCUUCCAAGGCUAAACAGCAAGCUGCUGGAGAGAAGAUAAUGAAAGAUCUUAGAGUGGGUGCUCCUUUUGAGCCCACAUACAUCUAUAAACUCCUCACCCUCAUCAAAUCAAGCCUUUCUGAGAAGGGUCGCCAAGAGGAUGCGGAGGAGUACCUUGGUUUCAUUUUAAAUGGACUGCAUGAGGAAAUGCUGGCACUGAAAAAGCUUAUCUCUCCACAGGAAGAGAAAGCCCCCACACCAAAUGGUCCUGAAUCUCAGCCUGGAGUGGAGGAAGGCCCUACUGAGGAAGAUGAAGAAGGUAGUGAUGAUGAAUGGGAACAGGUCGGGCCAAGAAACAAAACCUCAAUCACCCGGCAGGCAGAUUUCAUCCGCACACCAAUCACAGAUGUAUUCGGUGGCCACAUCAGAUCUGUGGUAUACCAGCAGAGCUCAAAAGAGUCAGCCACCUUGCAGCCCUUCUUCACGCUGCAGCUUGACAUCCAAUCCGAGAAGAUCCGCACAGUCCAAGAGGCCCUGGAGGUACUGGUGGCGCGGGAGUCCGUUCAGGGCUACACCACUAAGAGCAAGCAGGAGAUUGAGAUCAGCCGGAGAGUGACUCUUGAAGAGCUUCCUCCAGUGCUGGUGCUUCACCUCAAGAGAUUUGUUUUCGAGAAGACCGGUGGAUGUCAAAAACUGGUCAAGAAUAUUGAUUACCCUGUCGAUCUGGAGAUCAGUAAAGAUCUCUUGUCACCGGGGGUGCGGGGCAAAACUCUGAAAGGCCAAAGAACCUACAGGCUCUUUGCAGUCGUCUAUCACCAUGGGAACAGUGCCACGGGUGGCCACUACACUACAGAUGUCUUCCACAUCGGUCUGAACGGCUGGCUGCGUAUUGAUGACCAGGCAGUGAAGAUCAUCAAUCAGCAUCAGGUGGUGAAGCAGACUGCAGAGCGCACUGCCUACCUGCUGUACUACCGUCGUGUGGACCUGCUGUAGAAACCAUACUCGUACACACAAACCCACUCUCUCUCUCUCUCUCUCCUUUCUCUCUCACACACACACACACACACACACACACACGUUUACAUGCAGACACUUACACAAUCUCACACACACAACCACGUGUCUCAACAGGAACACUGCCCAACUUCACGAUUAUCCUUUUUCCCUCAACCCUGCUAUUCCAGAGAGCCAGCUUUUCCAGUCUUUUUUUUUUUUUUUUUUUUUUUGAAGAGGAAAAGACAUCAGACGUAUCUAAAAGACUUUCCUGUAAUAGUGUUUUCCCCCUCCAUGCACGGCCUUGCGCAGGUCUGGAGAAGCUGAGGGGAAAUAUGUUAGCACUGCAGAACGCUCCAGUUUGGAGACACAGAACUGAAUCACUUCAAAUGGCCGCUGCCUCACAUUUGACUGGCCAGAGUGGAUCCCAGCUGAAAAAACUCAAACCAGUUGAGGCUGAUUUACUGCUGAAGAAAAUCUUUUUUUUUUUUUUUUUUCAAUCUAAUUUUUUAAAUGGCAUAGGAGAAAAUAUGAAGUGUUUUGCCUUUUAGCAAGAGGAGAUGUCGGUCUAAUUUGCAGCAGUUAAGUGGAGCCUGUUAAAUUCUUGACUAGAGCAUCAAAGUGGCCCAACACCAGCAAGCUACCAGAAUUUGUGUAGAUCUCAAUGUAGGGGUUUGUCGCAACUCCACCAACACCACCACCACAACCUCUUCUCACCCCCAUCUCUCUGAUGCUUCAGAUCUAGAUUGCAUUUGAGUUUUGGGAACAACAAAGAUAAUGGGUGGGAGAAAGGGUGCAGCAGUGUGCUGAAAUGGUAAAAAGUAAAACGAGAAAAAAAAACUAAAAUUGGCUUCUUGGUUUGAGACCUUCAGUGUGAUUUUUGGGUGUAGGAUUAGAAUUACUAUCUUACAAUUUUAAUGCGCUUUAGGACAUAAAUGAUUACAAAAGCUUUGUGCAUGGUAAAAUAUAAAACCGGACAAUUGAAAAAGGCAGAUGUGCAUUGUUUGUUCAUUUCUUGCCGAUAUUUAAGUUUUAAAAGUAUUAAAUGCAAAAAUUUGAAACUUGGCGGCGGUCACCUUGAUCAGCUCCCUGGGGUUGUGAUUUCUUUUUUUUCUUUUUUUUUCUUUAGACUUUUUGUGUCGCUUCACUCAUUUAUGCCAGCGAGAUACCAGAGAUGUCUGAUACUCCAUCAUGAACAUUGACUCACUUUGUUUGAGUGAGCUGUAAAAAAAAAAAGUGCCCUUUCGCCAUCUUUCAUUAGUUCUGUUCGUUCUUUUCCUGUAUUGUACGAGUAAAGUGUAUACGCUGUCCACUGGCUGCCUUUUGAUAUCAGUAGAGCAGCAAGAACUGAGCCACUCCUGCCAAGUUUGGAGAGGGAGCUGUGUUGAGAUGCAUUUCAUUCUGUAUGUUAGCCUGCUCUGAGCAGUCAGCCUGUAAUAUACAUGUUGAGGCUCCGUGUGCAGCUCUGAGGAUAAUAUCUCAGAAUGGGUAGCUAAAAAUGUCUCUUACUACAGUUAAAUUGUUGUGUCGCACAAGGUGAGAUCAGCUUUGCCUGAUGAAGCCUAAAGUGUGACCAGAGAUGCACACAAACAGCAAAUCAUGUUUGCGUCUCUUUUAGGGACCUUGCGUCAUCAAUAUAAUACCUUAUUGUAUUUUUUUUUCUUCAUUCCCCAUUCACAUAUUUUCUGUUCCAUUUAAAUUUAUAUUUUGAAAGGAAAAUGAACCCAAGGUUAAAGCACAACAAUGAAUAAAGUUAUACAAGUACCAUG